AAUUGCUCAAUGCAGUGUUUGGAACUGUCAAAGCAAUUCCGAAUCUGUGACAAAGAAUCACACUAUUUAUAAGCGCAAAAGUGUUGUUUAGUCCACAAACUUAUAAUCGACGAAAUGUGAAAUCAUUUUAAAUAGUAGUUUCUAAAAUUCUGCUGCAAUUGUUCUAUUUAUUACACAAUUAAAUACUGGUUUCUGGUGCUACACAAACUUGGUGCAAAAUAGAUUAAGUCUACGACAAGAACCUUUUGUAAUCAGCUGAUACUGUGGAUUUCCUUGCGAACACCAGUUCUGUUUUAAUUCAUAAACAAUAUAAAUUAGACCGCCCGAGUUACGGUGGUUUUAAGUUGUUCUGAAAAACCUCGAAAUGAGGAAACAUAACUCAUUCUUAACUUAUUCUACCUGCAUUGCAUGAACAGUAGAUGCAGCAAACCGAGUAAUCAUCAUUUUACAGCACUGCUGGUUUACGUUAGAAAAAAUCGAUUUUCUAUGCAUAUUUAUUAGCAGGAUAAAAACGAUUAACAGCCAAGAUGAUAUGUGUCGCGGCAGGAAUUACGAUGGGAUGUAUUGUCGGACUCUAUGCUCUCUUUGAAUUGCAUUACUUCCUGAGAAUGUGCCUGUGUGUAGUGAUCGCGCGCUGUUUUAAGAAAAAAAUGCAUAUUCUCGACUCUACUAUUGUUGGGGGUAUAUGCCUCACGAACGAUAUCGAUACUUUGCUGUACCAUAUGAAUAAUGCUCGCUACUUACGUGAGAUCGAUUUUGCCCGAGUUGACUUUUACGAACGAACACUACUCUAUAGGACAAUACGUAACAAAGGUGGUUCAGUUGUGCAAGGAGCAACCACCAUCCGUUAUAGAAGAUUCAUACGUCCAUUCACUCGUUUCACGAUAAGUUCCAAGAUUGUCUAUUGGGAUGACCAGUCGAUUUUCAUGGAGCAUCGAUUCCUUGGAUCAUCAGAUAGGUUCAUUCAUUGCAUCGCCUUAUGUCGCCAGCGUGUCAUCGAAUGCUCGGUUGAAGACGUAAUGGCAACACUGUUGAAGUCCAGCACCGCCCACAUGGACAAAUCAACAGAUUGUUUGGAUAAAUUAGAGAGUGGGGUUUAUUCAAGAGGAGACACCGUGGUUAUGAACGGGACCAGUAGACUGAAGCCGCAGUUGCCUAUGGAGGUGGCGAAAUGGUUAGAAUGGAAUGACAUUUCCAGUACCAAUUUACGAAGCGAAUGCUAGACAGACAUAAUUACGGCUUUUAAACAGAAGAAUUGAAUUUUUAUUGACACUGUUAUGAAUAAGGUGCUGUUAGAAAUUUAUGAAUCAAAUUGCUUAAAAAAAACAAUUUAAAAAUAUUUUCAGGACUUAAAUUAAGUAGGAUUUUCUGAAAAAAAUAUUUUUUGAUUUACAUUAGAAAAACAAUACAGGAUAAUAAAUAUAAAGUCGAGCGGGGGCCUAGUGUGGUUGGUAACGUCUCCGCCAACCACGCUCGACGCCUGGGUUCGAAUCCCACCGCCGACAUAGGUGUCGAUGGUUGUGAGGUGGCGUGAUCCACUCA